GUCCAAGUGAGCUCAGGUCCUAAGCCGGCGGGAUAACACGGACCUAGAAUGAAGUUUUCUUGCCUGAUCAUCACCCUCCUGGUGGUGGUCUCGGCGCUGUUCACCGCCGGCGAGCCGGUCGCCGAUCCCUUCAAGAAGCUCCAGAAGCGGAAGGGCGGCGGUGGCGGCGGAGGAUACAGCCAAGUCCGCUACAUGCCCGUCAUGCGGAUGCCCACGUACGGUGGAGGAGGAUACGGCGGCGGCGGCAAAGGAUCCAAGAAGGGCGGUGGCGGAUUCGGAGGCAGUUUGUUUGGCUUCGGCAAGGGCUCCAAGAAAGGCGGAAGCCGAGGAUACGGAGGCGGCGGCGGUUUUGGCAAAGGCUCCAAGAAGGGCGGCGGCGGAGGAGGAUACAGCCAAGUCCGCUACAUGCCUAUUCGCGUCAUGCGGAUGCCUACGUACGGUGGAGGAGGAUACGGCGGCGGCGGCGGCAAAGGAUCCAAGAAGGGAGGCGGCGGAUUCGGAGGCGGUUUGUUUGGCUUAGGCAAGGGCUCCAAGAAAGGCGGAAGCCGAGGAUACGGAGGCGGAGGCGGAUUCGGCAAGGGCUCCAAGGGCGGCGGCGGCUUCAGCAAGGGAGGAGGAGGAGGCUACGGCGGCGGACAUGGAGGCUUCAGCAGCGGCUACGGCGGCGGACACGGAGGCUUCGGCGGCGGCCAUGGCGGCUACAGCAGCAGCUAUGGCAAAUAGAACCGAAACCAAAGAUAGGCUGGCAUUGCUCGCCCGGCCACAUCAGCACGCUUUCACGGCGGAAAAAUGUCCUGGAAGACUCCAAGAUGCUGGGCAUCGAAAUCUGAGAAUCCUUGGUAUGCUGUAAUACCUUUAACUACUUUAGUCACUUACCGAAAUGUAUUUUCUUUUUAUAAUAAAGCUAAUGUCUGUUCAGACAGACAUUCGAUAGAUA